GGUAUCAUUCAACCGUUUUCGAUCUUUUGCUUGCAUCGAUCGGAACAGCCAGGAUGAAGAUCUUUAUACCUCUUCUAACGGCCCUACUAGCAGGAGUAACCACCGGCCUGGACUGGUGGGAACACGGUAACUUCUACCAAGUCUACCCGCGAUCGUUCAGGGAUUCCGAUGGCGACGGCAUUGGCGAUCUGGAUGGUGUCACCGAAAAAUUGCAAUACCUAAAGGACAUCGGAAUGGACGGAGUUUGGCUGUCUCCGAUCUUCGCUUCUCCGAUGGACGACUUUGGCUACGACAUUUCCGACUUCCGACAGAUCCAAUCGGAAUACGGAGAUCUCGACGCCUUCCAGCGUUUGGCCGACAAGUGCAAAAAGCUUGGCUUGCACUUGAUUUUGGACUUUGUUCCGAAUCAUACCAGCGAUCAGCACAAGUACUUCCAGCUGUCCGUAGCAAAGAACGAGACGUACAAAGAUUUCUACGUCUGGCAUCCGGGUGUAGACAGUGGAAAUGGUACCAUGGUUCCACCGUCCAACUGGAUUAGUGUCUUCCGAGGAUCUUCCUGGGAAUGGAACGAAGAACGUCAAGAGUUCUACCUUCACCAGUUCCUUAAGCAGCAACCGGAUUUGAACUACCGUAAUCCGGCCGUAGUCGAAGAGAUGAAGAACGUUCUACGCUACUGGUUGGACCGAGGUGUUUCCGGAUUCAGAAUUGAUGCCGUGCCGUACCUGUUCGAGAGUGCCGAGAGCGAAGGUCGCUACCGCGACGAACCACUAAGCAGAACCACCGACGACUCCGAGAAUCCUGCUUACCUGGUUCAUUCGCAAACUAUGGAUCAACCGGAAACCUAUGACAUGAUCUACCAGUGGCGAGCGGUUUUGGACGAAUACACCAAACAGGACAACAGAACUCGUAUUAUGAUGACUGAAGGUUACACAAGCCUGCCCAAGAUCGUCGAAUUUUUCGGAAACGCCACGGUCAAUGGAGCUCAGAUUCCAUUCAACUUCGAAUUGAUGAGUAACAUCCGCAAGGCUAGUACCGGAGCUGAUUUUGCCAAGUACGUCAAACUUUGGCUGGAAGGCAAGCCUGCCAACAGAAGAUCAAACUGGGUUCUAGGAAAUCACGACAACAAUCGUCUCGGAUCACGUCUAGGCGAGAACAAGAUCGAUUUGUAUAACAUUGCCCUGCAAACGUUGCCGGACAUUGCCGUCACUUACUACGGAGAGGAGAUCGGAAUGUUGGACCAGUCGAUCCCUUGGAGUCAAACCAAAGAUCCAGCUGCCUGUAGAAGCGGCGAAGAAAGCUACACCUUGUACUCCCGAGAUCCAGCGCGAACUCCGAUGCAGUGGGACAAUGGAAAGAAUGCAGGUUUCUCCAACGCUAACAGCACAUGGUUGCCGGUGGCUGACAACUACAAGACACUGAACGUUAAAGUACAGGACCGUGCACGCAAGAGUCAUCUGAAGGUGUUCAAGAAGCUGACCAAAUACCGCAAACGACAAAUUCUGGCAGAAGGGGACAUCGACAUGAAGGUUUCCGGAGAUAAUCUGGUCGUGUACAAACGCAAGGUCGACAAGGUUGGAUAUGUGGUAGUUGCACUGAAUUUCGGCACGGAAACUGCCACCCUGGGGUUGUCCAAUAUGUUCCCACAAAUUAACGACAGGAUGCAAGUGAUAGUGUCCUCCAAGAAGGUCACUACGUCAGAUAAUGCCUGGGUUGACGUCAACAGCUACCAACUGGUCGGAGAGAGUGCCAUCGUAAUGCAGUAUCUGUGGGGAAAGAAUCCAAUUGUUUCCUAGAUUUUAUUAUGGCAUAAAAUAUUUAAAUUCUUAUUCUUCUAAUUUAGCACAAUAAAAGAUGUUGAAGUCGCACUGCAUGAUAAUUAUGAUGAUUUA